CCUAAUAAAUGUGGAGAUUAAAGUCUAGCUUUGGAAUCAGACAAAAGAUCAGCUCUUAUAAAAGAUCGAUAACUCUUUCAAGUGUCUCAGAAAGAGGAAUUGCUAAUAUGCAAGGAGUGCCCCAUGAAAUAGUCCCGAAUCACCAUGAUUACAUGCUUGGAGCUCUUGACAUAGAGCAGCCAAUCUCUCCUGCUGCUAGAAUUCAUCUGAUCAGGAAUAGAUUAUACCUCAAAGAUAUCAAAGCUACAGGAAAGAAAGGGAUGCUUCUAAAAUCAGACGUGAUGAAAUAUCUAAGAAAUCCAGAUAAAUAUGGAAUCAAGCACUCACCUCCAGUCAAAGGGAAGCCUGAUCCUAGCUUUGUCCUAUCAGAGCUUGAGGAAGACGAUCAAACCAUUAUGGUAAAUGAUAGAAGAAAGCAGAUAUUGAGCCAAAGCAGAUCAAUUCCAUUCUUCGUGUUUACAGAUGAGUAUGACUUCACUGACUUACUUGAAUUUGAGAAGAAUGAGGAUUACUGCAAACUAUCUGUCAUGCUUAAGUCUAUCUCCAUAGCUUUAUCCUUCUUUCCAACGAUGAAUAGUGUCAUAAAUCCAGAUGUUGAUGAUGAUGGGUAUAUUCACGAGUACGUACUGAAGAAGAAUCACAAUAUUGGGCUGGCUUAUAGUUUACCAGAAGGAUUAGCCCUUCCAUGCAUUCCGGAUAUCCAGAAGCAUUCCUUGAAAGAGGUAGAAGCGCAGGUCAAUGAGUUCCAGACUCUGAAUUUUUCUGAAGAUAAUUCUCAGACAAGUACUUUUACUCUUUACUAUAAUGAGUCAGGCUCAAAACUAUUCCCGAAUAUUAUUAGACCGCAGACUUGAGCCAUGGCUUUAGGUAAAAUAAACAAGAUGCCUUCAGUAGAUUCUUAUGGGAAGAUUGUUCCAAGAGAUAUCGCUUCAGUUUCGAUUGCUUGUGACCACAGAAUAAUAGAUGGGUCGACCUGAGUGCAAUUUUCAAACAUUGUGAAGUCGAUAAUUGAAAAUCCAUUGCAUAUUAUUGCUCAUAUGAAAUAAUAAGGUUCAAGAAA